AGGAAGGAUAAGAGGAUGAAGAUGAGCGAUGAAUUGCUCGAAGAUGCAUAUGAGAGGUGUCGAUGUGUUUGUGAAGAGUAUGCCAAGACUUUCUAUUUAGGGACAUGGUUGAUGACUGAGGAGCGACGAAAGGCGAUAUGGGCUAUUUAUGUUUGGUGCAGGAGAACAGAUGAGCUAGUUGAUGGUCCGAAUGCAACACAUACUAAUGAAGUUGUGCUCGAUCGAUGGGAACAAAGGCUCGAAGAUAUUUUUCAAGUCCGCCCUUAUGACAUGCUCGAUGCUACCCUCACUGAUACUGUAUACAAAUUCCCUAUCGAUAUAAUGCCAUUUAGGGACAUGAUAGAGGGAAUGAGAAUGGACAUGAGGAAAUUGAGGUAUCAAAACUUUAAAGAGCUCUAUCUCUAUUGCUACUAUGUAGCUGGCACAGUAGGCCUUAUGAGUGUGCCUGUUAUGGGAAUAGCUCCUGAAUCUUAUGGUUCGGUAAACGAGAUAUAUAAUGCGGCGCUCAACCUUGGGAUUGGCAAUCAACUUACCAACAUUCUUCGAGAUGUAGUCGAGGAUGCUCACAGAGGGAGAAUAUAUCUGCCACAAGAUGAAUUGGCAGAAUUUGGGAUAUCAGAAGAAGAUGUUUUCUCUAGGAGAGUUACAGAUAGAUGGAGAGCUUUUAUGAAGGAGCAAAUCACAAGGGCAAGACUCUAUUUUGAUCAAGCAGAAGAAGGAGCAUCAAGACUCAAUGAAGCUAGCCGCUGGCCGGUUUUGGCUUCAUUGCUCUUGUACCGCAAGAUAUUAGACUCCAUCGAGAAAAAUGACUACGAUAACUUGACAAAGCGUGCAAAUGUUGGGAGGACAGAGAAACUUCUCAUGUUACCUUUGGCAUUUGCUAGAGCUACUAACAUCUCAAAAGUUUCUAUACAAUAG